CGACAAACCCGUCCAUCGGGACACGCGACAGGGGGCGCGCGGCUCUUUUCAAUGCGGUCUGCCAUCCGCCAAUUAAGCCGGAGAAGAAGAAACAGCAGAGCGCAGAGGAAGAGGACGUAGAAGAAGAAUUUCCCGGUCCCGGUCGCUAAUGCGCAACCAGCAGCGGCACGGGGCUCCGGUGGACAACGACACGACGGAAGCCAGCAGGCGGGAGACAAAACAGCGCGCGGGGGAGAAGACAGCGACGAGGGGUGACGUCUGCGACACGGCAGCGACGAUGGUGGGCGAGCGGCGCAAUGGGAACCUGCUGGUCCAGCUGGGCCCGAGGCUGCAGGCCUAUCCGGAGGAGCUGAUCCGCCAGCGCCGCAACCACGACGGCCAGACGGAGUACCUGAUUCGCUGGUGCCUGGUCACCAUCGACGACGGCUCCGGCUCGCGGGGCGGAGCCAGCGAAGCGGGCAGCUCGGGGUCGGACGGGGCAGCCGGCCCCGCAUCAGGAGAGAGCAAGCCGGAGAACAUCCUGAUGUGGAUGUCCACGGAGGACGUGUACGCCAACUGCCCCGGCCUGCUCGGCAAGAGGAAGACGGACGUGCAGCGCCCGCUGCAGCUGGAGGCGGGGCAUGGCAAGGCCUACCACGGAUGCCCGGGUACUACCGCCGAUUUCCCCGCCGACGUGACCUUCGACGAGGUGGAGCUGUCGGACAUGAAGGACGACGUGAAGAACUUGGUGUGUCGGGCCAGGAAGCAGAUGGCCAAGAAGAGGGACUUCUCCAUCAGCAUCACGCACACCAUCCACGUGCUGAGCGCCUACGCCGGCAUCGGCUCGCUGGUCGGCGUCUUCAAGGAGACCGGCGCCCUCAACCUGCUGAUGGAGCUGCUGUGCAACAAGGAGACGCAGACCCGACGCAGCGCCGGCAAGAUGCUGCGGGCGCUCGCCUCCCACGACGCAGGAAGUCGUGCAUAUGUCCUGCUGUCCCUCAGUCAGCAGGACGGCAUCGAGCAGCACAUGGACUUUGAUAACCGCUACACGCUGCUGGAGCUGUUUGCAGAGACCACGUCCUCAGAGGAGCACGGCAUCUCCUUUGAGGGGAUCCACCUGCCUCAGAUUCCUGGGAAGCUGCUGUUCUCUCUGGUGAAGCGUUACCUGUGCGUGACGUCACUGAUGGACAAACUCAACACGGCGGGGGCGGAGUCCAACCCUGACAGACAGGAGGCCAGCCCCUCCCCCGCCUCUUCGUCCUCCUGCGCCGCCCACCAGACGGAUCGCGUCCGCGUGCAGCGGGAGUUCGACUUCACCGUGGCCAUGGCCAACCUCAUCUCGGAGCUGGUCCGCGUGAUGGGCUGGGACCGGAACCGCCAGCCCCCCGAUGGCGCUGCCCACAGCCCGGGAGGAGGCGGGGCCUGCGGGGAGGACCCCGGGGAGGAGGCAUCCCGCCCCGUCCUGAGGUCCAUCUUCCAGCCUCGCUCCUGCGCCUCCCCUGUUGCUCUCAGCAAUGUCGCCGCUCCUGCAGUCACCGCCUCCUCGCCGCCGAAGAAGCAGACGGCAAACGGGUACAAAACCCGCUCCGACUUCACCAGCCGCUCCGCCUACGUGGAGUACGUCCAGGACAACCUGAAGAGCGGCAUGCAGGUCCGCAUGCUGGAGGACUACGAGGAGGUCAGCGCCGGUGACGAGGGAGAGUUCCGCUACAGCAACGACGGCUCGCCACCUGUCCAGGUGUACUGGAACGCGCUGUCCAGGACCUACUGGGUCCACUGGCACAUGGUGGAGGUGCAGGGCGGGGGCAGCAGCAGUCAGGCUGAGAAGGAGACGCAGGAGAAGGCGUCCACCCUGACGGAGGCGCUCAGGCUCACGGCUGUGAGCCAGACGUUCUUUUCCAAGCCCCCCGGUGGUCUCUACUCUCUGCCUUACCUGUCCGAGGGUCUGCACCCGGAGAGGCGGGCUCUGAGUCGGGCCGAGUGGUGGGAGAUCCUCUUCUUCAUCAAGAAGCUGGAGCUCAAACAGCAGCAGGAGGUCUGCAGCAUCCUGCUGCAGAGUCUGGAGGACCAGGAGGCGGAGCUAGACGACUCGUCUCUGAUUGGUUUGUCUGUCCAUGGAGACGUGGCUAAGAAGCUGCUUCACUACCUGACACAGAAGCUGCCGUCGGCUUGUCAGAGCGACCUGCUGUGUUCCCACACCUUCUCCAAACACUACCUGAGGAGAGGAGGAGGAGGGAGUCAGGAGGAGGAGGACGAGCUGCUGGCUGAAACCUCUCUGGGUUCUUCCGGCCUUGGUGGUGGAGGAGGACUGAUGUCUUCUUCACCAGUCUCAACCUCCUCUUCCUCAGCGACGCGCUCAGUCUCCAAGAAGGCAAAGAAGGACGUCCCUGUCGACUCCGGCUGCAGCUGCUCCGAGACGGAGCAGCUGCCCUCAGAGGACGACAGCAUGUACUCUGAGGACCUGGAGGACAAGAUGAAAGUGUUCAACAACCCGCGGGUCCAGGGGAAGAAGACUGUGUUGGAGAAACUGGGGGAGGUGGUGGACAUCCUGAGGAAGGGGGGGUCGGGCUCAGACCAGCUGGCCGCCGUCCUCUUCGUCACCAGGCUGCUGGAGGAGAAGGGAGUCCAGGAAAAGAACCCCAUGAGGAGCGACUCGGCCCAGAGCAUCCGGGACAAGGUGCUGAAGCUGCUGGUGGAGCUGCUGGGCUCCUCCUCCAAAGACCUGCUGACGGGCGCGUUGAGACUCACCCACCUCCUCAUGCUGAAGUACGAGUGGAGGGUUUCCUUCGCCACCGAGGGCGGAGUCAAAGCAGUCUUAUCCUGCAUGCAGGAGUUCUCCACCUCCAUCCACGUGCAGCAGCUGGCACUUGCAAUUCUGAAGGUCAUCUCUGGAGCCAGUAAACACGACCUGCACGGCGCAGGCAGCAGCCUCCUGCUCUCCGAGUCCGGCACUCAGAUGAUGUUGGAGAUCUUCGCCAGCAUUGGGUCGGCCACGCCCGAAGGCUCCAGAGGCCUCCUGGGAGCCGUCCCCGCCGCCAUUGACCUCAUGCUGCAGACAGACGGCUGCAUGCCGUCGGUGCGUAACGGCCUGCUGGUCCUCAUCGUGCUCAUCUCCAACCACAAGAGCCUGGCCGAGCAGCUGGUGGCCGCCGGCGUCACCGCUGUCCUCAAGAAGUGUCUGACUCUGUCCAGUGCAGAGACCACCCUGGCCAUCAUCGCCCUCAACCACAUCUCCAUGGUGCACAAACUGGAGAGCAAAGAGGGCCGUGAGCAGCUGGACUUCAAGGACACGGAGCUGCAGAUGUUGGUUGUGAGUCUGAAGGAGCUGACGGCCACUAAAGAGGUGAUCCAGACUCUGGAGCAGCUGCUGUGUGACGACGCCUCUCAGCUGGAGGGCGAACGCAGCCAGGUGACUCGCAGUCGGGACACUUACCAGGAUCUGGUUCGUCUGAUGGAGCAGCACCGAGCCGACCGGGCCGUCCAGCUGUCCAUCCUCAGGAUCCUGAACAAGUUCCUGGACAGCUACCAGGAGGACAUGCUGCCGUGGCACGAGAGCAUCGAGCCCUGCUUGUCCUCCAUGACGGCCUUCAUCGGCGACAGAGAGGUGGUCCAGCAGUUCAUCCGCUUCCUGUACCGGCUGGCGUCCCUGAACAAGGACUACACGGUGGUGAUGUGCCGCCUGGGGACCAAAGAGGCUCUUGGGAAAGCUCUGGACAAACACAGCACCAACCUGCUGCUGGUCACCGAGCUGAGAGACCUCAUCACUGACUGUGAGAAGUACGCCAGCCUCUACAAGAAGAUGACCACCAGCGUCCUGGCAGGAUGCAUUCAGCUGGUCUUGGGUCAGAUCGAGGAGCAUCGCCGCAGUCAUCAGCCAAUCAACAUCCCCUUCUUCGACGUGUUCCUCAGGAACCUCUGCCAAGGCUCCAGCGUGGAGCUCAAGGAGGACAAGUGCUGGGAGAAGGUGGAGGUUUCGUCCAAUCACCAUCGAGCAAACAAGCUGACUGACAAGAACCCCAAAUCCUACUGGGAGUCCAACGGCUGCACCGGCUCGCACUUCAUCACCAUAUACAUGCACAAAGGAGUCGUCAUCAGACAACUGGCCGUGCAGGUGGCCAGCGAGGACUCGAGCUACAUGCCGGCCCGAGUCCUGGUCCUGGGGGGGGACGAUCCGACCAACAUCAGCACCGAACUCAACACGGUGAAUGUGACUCCGUCGGCCAGUCGGGUGGUUCUCCUGGAGAACAUGACCAGAUUCUGGUCAAUUAUCCAGAUCAGGGUCAAAAGAUGUCAGCAGGGAGGAAUUGACACUCGGGUCCACGGCUUCGAGGUUCUUGGUCCAAAGCCGACCUUCUGGCCGGUAUUCAAGGAGCAGCUGUGCUGUCGGACUUACCUGUUCUACAGCACCAAGGCCCACACCUGGUGUCAGGAGGUGAUGGAGGACAAGAUGCAGCUGUUGCAGCUCUUCAACAAACUGAACAGCGCUCUGAGACACGAGCAGAUGUUUGCAGAUCGUUUCCUUCCGGAUCCCGAGGCAGCUGAAGCUCUGGGGCGAACCUGCUGGGAGGCUCUGAUCACCCCCAUCGUCCACAGCAUCACACUGUCAGAAUCCUCUGCGCCUAGCCCUCUGUCCUGGCUGCUAAGCGAGUACCUGAGAAACGCCGAGUCGACCCGCCGCUGUAAAAGCCGCGCGGCCAUCUUUAACUCCAGAGUGAGACGCCUCACACACCUGCUGGUCCACGUGGACACCAGCCGGCUGGACAGUGAGGAGCUCAAACCCCCGGUCAAAUCCAAAGGUCUCAACCGAAGCAAGGAGCUGAAGAACGGCAAAGAGGGUAAAAACAAAGAAACGCCCGCGGCCUCCUUGGCCAAGCCCAGGCUGAAGAGCAGCAGCAUCGCAGGCAUCGCCCUCUGCUGGCAGGGAGUGGUACAGCGCCAGGUGAAGAAGUUCCUGGAGUCCAGCUGUAGUCUGCCGGACUUCGUGGAGCGGUACCGGACUCUGUACCUCCGGCUGAAGAACGCCAUGGAGGAGCUGUUUGGUCAGCAGACCGCGUUCGUGCUCGCUCUCAGACACGGAUUCUCCUCAGCGCUCCUGCAGCUCUCCAUCCUCAGAGCCAUGCACGUGAGCGAGCGUUUCUCUCAGUACAUCGACUCCACCAUCCAGGCCAGCGGGGCGGCGUCGGGCAGCACGGAGACUCUCCAGCGUCUGCAGCAGUUUUUGGAGCCGAUGCUCUUCCUGUCGGGUCUGGAGCUCGCCAACACCUUCGAGCACUUCUACAGGUACUACCUGGGCGACCGGUUGCUGGCCCAGGGGAACGUGUGGCUGGAGAGCGCUGUGAUCGAUCAGAUCGGCAGCUGCUUCCCGAGUCGAUUCCCUCAGCAGAUGCUGAAGAACCUGAGCGAGUCGGCGGAGCUGCAGCAGGAGUUCCACCUGUAUCGCCUGCAGCAGCUGGACCGGUGCCUGCAGGAGCACGACCAGAUAAUGGAGGAGGAAUGGGUGGAGUCAGAUGAGGAGACGGAGGCGGAGGUCCAGGUUCUGGUUCUCUCUCCACGCUGCUGGGCCGUGUCCUCGCUCUGCUUUCUGGACGAACCCACAAAACACUUUCCAGAGGAGCUCUGCUCCUACCUGGACCAGUUCACCCAGUUCUACUCUCACAGUCAGUCCAUGCUGGGUCUGAGCCACUGGAAGCCUCGGCGUCUCCAGUGGACGUGGCUCGGUCACGCUGAGCUUCAGUUUGGCUGCUUGAAGCUUCACGUCUCAACUCUGCAGAUGUUCAUCCUGCUGCAGCUCAACAGCCACCAGGAGGUUCCGGUGGAAGCUCUGCUGAAGGCCACCGGCCUGUCGGCUGCUGUCCUGCUGCACGCUCUGCAGCCGCUCAUCAGCGAGGGAGGACCGCUGAGCUGCAGCCAGCCGGAGGAGCCGUGCCAGGGUCAGCCCCUCUGCUCCUCUGGGGCGUGUCUCGGUGAGGGCGGCGUCUCCUCCUCCGUGCGGCUGCUGCCUGCCCAGACCUACUUGAGCGUGGACUAGGACGCGCCGGGGGCUCUGGAGAGGAAGAGGAGCUUCAUCUACUGCCUGAUCGUCCACAUCAUGAAGCAGGAGAAGGAGAUGCACAUCGACAACCUGGUCUUCAAGGUGCUGGACUCCUGCCAGAGGCGAGAAGCCUCCCGGCCUGCGGGCGCCGGGCGCUUCGGCUGCAGCACGGGCGACGUGCUCUCCUGCAUCAUGCACGUCAUCGGGCGAGGGUGCGUCCGCCGCAGCGAGGACAACCCGCACAUCGUGGAGUUCCUGCCGACGGACCCGUCCACGCCGCAGAAGGGCCAGGCCCAGUUCUCCUUCAGCCGGGCCGAAGGUCGGGAGGACGCCGACAUCAGUCUGGCAUCGACACCUCGGCCGCUGGAGGACGGCGUUCUGGACGCGGUCGUCUUCUCGAUGGGUCGGACCAUGACGCAGGAGGAGGUUCGUGAGCUGAUGCAGAGGACUGUCCAACAGGUAUCGGGGACUCUGAGUCUGGACCUGGACCGAGCCGAGCACCUUCUGGUCCACUGCAGGUGGAACGUGGACCUCCUGGUCCAGCGCUACACCGACGACUUCAAUGACCUCAUUGUGGCUGCCGGACUUGAGACUCGUAACCCUGUGUCGCCGCCAAGCCCCACCUCCACUUGCCCCGUGUGCCUCGGGCCCCGCCCCCCCGCCAAGGAGCCGGUGCCCUCGCUCAGCUGCAUGCACUACUGCUGCAGGCCCUGCUGGCAGGAGUACCUGACGGCGAGGAUCGAACAGAACCUGGUGAUGAACUGUAACUGUCCAAUCCCACACUGUCAGGCUCAGCCCACAUCGCUGUUCUUCCUCAGCGUCCUCACCGACAAGGACACAGUCGCCAAGUAUGAGAGUGCCUUGCUCAGAGGCUACGUGGAGUGCUGCUCCAACCUGACGUGGUGCACCAACCCUCAGGGCUGUGAUCAGAUCCUGUCUAAGGAGAACAUGGGCAGCAUGGGGACCUGCUCCAAGUGCUGCUGGUCCUCCUGCUUCAGCUGCAACUUCCCUGAGGCCCACUACCCAGCCAGCUGCAGCCACAUGUCCCAGUGGAUGGAUGAUGGAGGUUACUACGAGGGGAUGACCAUGGAGGCUCAGAGCAAACACCUCGCCAAGCUCAUCUCCAAACGCUGCCCCAGCUGCCAGGCUCAGAUCGAGAAGAAUGAAGGCUGCCUGCAUAUGACCUGUGCCAAGUGUAACCAUGGCUUCUGCUGGCGGUGUCUGAAACCCUGGAAACCAACACACAAAGAUUACUACAACUGCUCCGCCAUGGUGAGUAAAGCGGCGCGGCAGGAAAAGAAGUUCCAGGAUUAUAACGAGCGAUGCACCUUCCACAACCAGGCCAAGGACUUUGCAAUCAACCUGCAGAACAAAGUUUCGUCCGUCAAUGAAGCUCUGCAGAUGAAGUCGUUGACCUUUGUCACCGACGCCUGUCAAGUUCUCGCUCAGGCUCGUAAGGUGCUGGCCUACUCCUGCGUCUACAGCUACUACAACCAGGAGACGGAGAAGAUGGACGUGAUGGAGCAGCAGACGGAGGCUCUGGACCUGCACACCAACGCUCUGCAGAUCCUGCUGGAGGAGACUCUGCUGCAGUGCACGGACCUGGCUUCAUGUGUCCGGCUGCUGAAACCAGAACACCUGAACACGGGACUGGAACUGAUCCGACGCAUCCAGGAGCGCCUGCUGGCCAUCCUGCAGCACUCCACCCAGGACUUCAGGGUGGGUUAUCAGUCCAAGAGCAGCCAGGAAGCAGAAUCCACUCAGGCCUCCAACCUGUCCACCAGCAAGGACCCCAACAAAGUGUCGGAGUCCGGAGACUCCGACAACAACAACUACGGCGACGAGGACGAGGAGUACGAUGAAGAGUACGUCCCGGAGUGGCACGAGGACUACGACGAGGACGACAUCGACGAGGACGACUUCUUCUCCGACGACGACGAGUCCGAGAACUUGGAGAGAGACUUCAGUCCCUUCGACUAAGGGGGCGGAGCCUUAGGCUCCUCCCCCUCCACCUGAAACCUGCCCCCACCGCCAACAUGGCUGCACUCACCUUCCACCUCCUGGAUUUCCCUUUGUAUGUUUUCAAAUAGUCAAAGCACGACGGUCAAGCGAAGAAAGGAGUUUAAUAUUUAAAUUCUAAGACGGAAAAAUCUUCGUUUAGUCUUAAAGUUAUGAAAAUUAAUUAUAAAUAGUAAAUAAGUAAAUUCUGACAUGAAAGUCAUGUUGUGAGUUCUGGUCAUUUUUAGUUCUAACUUGUUUGAAAUUAGUUUAGAACUGGUUUCCAACCAGUUAACCAGUUAAAACCCAGUUUGGAACUGGUUUGAAACCAGGGUUUUUAUUUCAGUGACAGUUUGGAUUAUUGAUCCAGAGUUAUCUAAAGAUUUAUCGGUUCAUCACACGCUCUGCCUUCAUUUAUUUUUAUGACAAAUAUCUCACUGAGUCUUUUUUUUACGUGUUUGUAGCGUUGGAUGUUUCUGAAGGAGCUAAUCCUGAGAGUAUCUCUGCAAUAACCGAUCCAUCAUCCACACAUGGAUCCCGCUCAGUGGGAGCUGGUUCUGGUUCUGGAGUCCAGUUGGUAUCGGCUCUCUGUUUGGUGAUGUUCUAAAAUGUUGAACGGCUUCAGCAUCAAACUUAAUAAAAGCUUUUUUUGCUGCAGGAUGA